AUGAGCGAAUUGAUCCGUUCUUAUACUGUUUAUAAAUUACUUUCUAUUCAAUGGGUAGUAAACUAUGCGUCAAAUUUGAUUAAUAUAUCCGAAAAAUCUCACCUUUCAUGGCUCACUUAUUGGAUUAUAAAAAAAACAAUUUUUGCUCAAUUUUGUGAAACUUAUGAAGAAUGUGUUGAUACCAUAUCCAAAUUAAAAAAGCAAAAAAUUGGAACAAUUCUUGGUCCGUCUAUUGAAACUGAUUUAAGUCAAGAUGGUUCUUCAUAUACUGAAAACGAUAAAAAAUUUAAUCAAAUUACUAAUGAAUAUUUAAGUUGUAUUCAAACUACAUCAAAGCAACCUAAUAAUUUUGCCGCUAUUAAAAUUUCUGGUCUCUCGGACCCCGUAAUUUUAAAAAAUUUAACUUUAAUUUUGAAUUCUCUAAACAAAGCCUUCGAUCAAUUUGAUAUUAAUCAAGAUGGAAUAUUAGAUAAACUUGAAUUCAGGAAUCUUUUUAUUAAUGUUUUUGGUGAAAGUGAAACACAUAAAAUUGAUGAAUUUUUCAAUAAAGCCGACUCUAAUGAUGAUGGAUUAAUCGAUCGAUUAAACUACUUUAAAAUUUUAUUGGAUUAUCAAAAUAUUCUUCAACUUAUUAACAACAAUAAAAAUUUAAACUUCUUUGAUCAAAAUAUGAUUAAAGGAUUUAAUCAAUUAUUAGCUAGGCUUGAACAAUUAUGCAAGGCAGCACGUCAAUAUAAUGUGAAAUUAUUAAUUGAUGCGGAACAAAAUUACUUUCAACCAGCUAUUGAUUACAUAGCGAUAGAAUUAUCUUCAAAAUACAACAAAUUACCUGAUGAAAGUAAUCCUCAAGGUGGUCCAAUAAUAUUUAACACGUAUCAAAU